GAUAAGAAAUCGAACCAAACUUAGAGCUUCGAAUUACGAGUGAAACAUUAUCAUUCAAGUAGCAACUUUGUUGGUUCGCGAUGGCGUCUGAUGAACCAGAAAUUUAUGGCUACUACUACGACAAUGAGGAAGAUAGAGGGUUGCUUGAUCCUGCCUGGGAAAGACAACAAAAAAAGACGUUUACAGCCUGGUGCAAUUCUCAUCUUCGAAAAAUUAACGUCCAAAUUGACGAAAUUGACCAAGACUUUAGCGAUGGCUUGAAACUGAUGGCUUUGCUGGAAGUAAUAUCAGGCGAAAGACUUCCUAAACCCGAGAAAGGACGGCUGCGAUUUCAUAAAAUUUCCAAUGUCAAUAAAGCCCUAGACUUUGUGGCCAGCAAAGGAGUGAAACUAGUGUCGAUUGGAGCUGAAGAAAUUGUGGAUGGUAACUUAAAGAUGAUUUUAGGAAUGAUCUGGACGAUAAUUCUUCGGUUUGCGAUCCAAGAUAUAGCAGUAGAAGAAUUGUCUGCAAAGGAUGGCCUGCUGCUUUGGUGUCAGCGUAAAACUGCUCCAUAUAAAAAUGUCAACGUGCAAAACUUUCACACAAGUUUUAAAGAUGGCUUGGCUUUUUGUGCUCUUAUUCAUCGUCAUCGGCCGGACCUUAUCGAUUAUAACUCCCUGAGCAAGGAGAGGCCUUUGGAAAACUUGAAUUAUGCCUUCGAUGUUGCUGAGAAACAUCUGGACAUUCCCAAAAUGCUUGACGCUGAAGACAUGGUGAACACUGUAAAGCCUGAUGAAAGAGCUGUGAUGACUUAUGUCUCAUCCUAUUACCAUGCCUUUACCAGCUCUCAAAAGGCUGACACAGCUGCCAAGCGUAUUGGUAAGGUUCUCAAUAUAAACAGAGAUAAUGAGAAGAUGAUGGAGGACUAUGAAAAAGUUGCAAGUGAUCUUCUUGACUGGAUCAAUAAAACCCUACCAUGGCUGAAGGACAGAUCAAGUGAUGGGACACUGGGUGAUAUGCAGAAAAAGCUUGAUGCUCUUCGUGUGUACCGAAGAAGUGAAAAGCCUCCCAGAGUAGAAGAAAAAGGCAUGCUGGAGACAAAUUUCAACACAUUGCAGACCAAACUUCGCCUUGGAAAUCGACCUGCAUACCUCCCAACAGAAGGGAAAAUGAUCAGUGACAUCAAUCGUGCAUGGGGAGACUUAGAAGGUGCAGAGAAAGAUUUUGAAGAUUGGUUGUUGAAGGAAAUGAGAAGGAUGGAACGACUUGACCACUUGGCACAAAAGUUCAAACACAAAUGCAAUAUUCACGAAGCUUGGACCAGUGGAAAAACUGACAUGUUGAAGAAAGAUGAUUUUGAAAAUGCUUCACUAGCUGACAUUUUGGCUUUGAAGAAAAAGCAUGAGGCAUUUGAGAGUGAUCUAGCAGCCCAUCAAGACCGGGUGGAGCAAAUAGUUGCAAUUGCUCAGGAGCUUAAUGCACUUGGAUACAGUGGAGUAGCCUCUGUUAAUGAAAGGUGCCAGCAAAUCUGUGACGAGUGGAAAGACCUUGGACAGCUAACAGAAGAUCGACGGAAAAAACUCGAGGACCGUGAAAGAGACCUGGUACAACUGGACAAUUUGCAGUUAGAGUUUGCUAAAAAAGCUGCGCCAUUCAACAACUGGCUUGAAAGUGCACGAGAAGAUUUAAUGGACAUGUUCAGUGUGCAUACUGUGGAGGAGGUUGUGGAAUUGCAAGAUGCCCACAAGUACUUCAAGGACAACAUGCCAGCUGCGUCAGAUGAGUAUAACUCCAUUAUGAAGUUAGGUGAAGACAUUGAGAGACUGACUGAUCAGGAAAACCCCUACACCAGCCUUACUAAACAGGAAAUCAUGCUUGCAUGGAGUGAGGUCAAAACUCUGGUACCAAAGAGAGACGAGCUGCUUGAAAAUGAGAAGGAAAGACAAGAACGAAACGAGAGACUUCGGUUGGAGUUUGCACAAAAGGCUAAUCAAAUCGGACCAUGGAUCAAACGGAACGAGGAGGAGUUACGGUCGAUUACUUUGACAUCCAAUGGACCUUUGGAGGAACAACUGCAAGCUAUACAAGCACUCGAAAGAGAUGUUACCAGCCACAAGCCUCAAAUGGAUGAGUUAGAAUUGGUUAACCAGGAUGUCCAAGAAGCUUUGAUCUUUGAGAACCCCCAUACAGAGUACACUAUGGAAGCCCUUCGGGUUAACUGGGAGCAGCUGCUAACCGCCAUCGCUAGAAACAUCAAUGAAGUUGAAAAUCAGAUUCUAACAAGGGAUUCCAAAGGUCUCUCAGAAGAACAGAUGAAAGAAUUCAGAAAUUCAUUCAACUUUUUCGAUAAGGAUGAAAAUUCGCGACUUGAGCCUCAUGAAUUUAGACAGUGCUUGGUCAGUUUAGGACACUCGCUUCCUGAAGGAGAUAAGGGUGACGUAGAGUUCAAUCGACUCAUGACAAUUGUAGAUCCAAACAACACAGGUUUCGUGACUUUCCAAGCAUUCCUUGACUUCAUGACGCGUGAAGUAGCUGAUACGGAUACCGCUGAACAAGUCAUGGAGUCAUUCAGAAUCCUUGCUGGGGACAAGCCGUUUAUCACUACAGAAGAACUGAGACGCGAAUUGCCACCGGAUCAAGCUGAGUAUUGUAUUGCUCGAAUGGCUCCUUAUGAGGGACCUGACGCUGUGCCAGGUGCUUUGGACUACAUGUCCUUCUCCACAGCACUCUAUGGCGAAAGUGAUUUGUAAACACUUUUAUGGUAUUGUAAUGUGAGGGUGGUGUUACUGGGGCCAGUCUGGGGUGACUGUAGCCUUUCAGUUUGUUUGUAGUUUCCAGACAGUAUGCUUGUGUCUUCUAUACUCUGUGUAGAGAAAAGAGGUUGGAAAGGAUAAGAAUGACAUUGAGGGCAAACGUCAAAACUCAAUUUUCUUGCUGUCUCCUUGCAGCCGUUUUUAUUCAGAAGUAACAAUACUUCCAUAAACUAUGAAUAAGAGAUUUUUUAAACUACAUGCUUGAUUUAAGAAGUAAUCGAAUUCUGUGUAAAACGAGAGUUAAGUUUUGCCGUUUGCCGUAACCGUAAACUUAACAAUUAAAUACACUAAAGGCAGUUCGUAAUACUUUGUAUGGAACCUUCGCUCAUAUUUUGGACAGAAAACUUUGACGAAUUUUGAACGUUGAAGAACACUUCAAAUGUAGAUCGAAAUAUAUAUUUUGGUGAACUAGAGCAUGUUAAAGUAAGGUACAAUUGGCUGCUUCGGUCUGCUGCUUGUUUUUCCUUUCAGUUUUGGAUUUUUCGGACUUCAGACUGAAUUGCGUUGAAUGAAAAGCUUUUUCUGGCGAUGAAUAUCGGUAGCAGGGGUCGAAGUCCCGUUUUAUGGUAUUCUACAUUUCUACAUUCAGCUAUUUUUUGUCGAGUGGUUUAUCACCCAUCAGCUUAUUACUAGAAACUAAAGAAUUCAUUUUAAUUUCUGGCCCAAUUCAUAAGGAAAUGCCACGUAAGAUAAAUGUAGAAUAGGUAUCAAUUGUUCUUCUCUUCUAUCGAGUAGUGUGUGUAGGCAGCUGUCAGUAUUUUGAUUACCUAACUGUAUUAAACUGCAGUGAUGAAUAUAAAUUUAUAUAAACUUA